AUGUCCGCCAAGUUGUGAGUUUUUGAAUUUUUAUUCGGAAAAAAAAAAUUAUGGAAGCUUUACAGAAGCUUGUUUUGAAGCUAAUUGUUACAGCGGAUUGCCUAAAAAGUCCCACUCAACAUUUUUUUUUUCGUUUCAAGCUACAAUAUUCAAACAAUAUUUCCAUUUUCGAAAAAAUAACCUCAAAAUUUCGCUAUCAAUUCAAAGACCUUAGGUCUCACUCUCAACUUCCAGUAGAAGCUCAACCAAUUUUUAUAAGCUUUACAAACCUUUCUCGUCGACCAUCCAUUAAGAUACCAUCUCUGAUCUUCCAGAUUGAUCUUCAUCUCAGCUUCUAACUCCAAAUAACUUGAAAAUAUUUCCAGCGCCGCCCUCAUCGCCCUCCUGGUCAUCUGCGCCAUCGUCAGCGAGACCUCCGCUCAGUACUACGGCUACUACGGUAGCUACUACCCAUCCUACUACGGCAGCUACUACGGUGGCUACGGAUACGGUGGCUACGGAUACAGCGGUUACCCCUACUACGGUUACGGCUAUGGCAAGCGCGAGGCCGGUUUCGGUCCGUCGCAGACUCAACAGAACUGA